AUGGACGUUGAUAUAAAAAAAGGGCGUCUAAAAGCAGUUCGUAUAAAUGGAUUGAUUAAUGGAGUGAAUUGUCAUUAGUCUAUUAGUUGGAUAUACAGUGUUUUUGAUAUAGUAAUAGCAUAUAUAUUUGCAUUUGAAUUUGAAGAUACUGGAAUGAAGGUAUAAAAAUAUUAAUUCAGGAACUCCAAUUGAUAUUGCUUACUAUAAUAGUUACAUGCAUAGUUUAUUCUUGUCUUAGAACAACAUUGAUUGAUCCAACAGAUUCAGUAGUAAAAGAAGAGAAAUUAUCAAAACUACAAGGGUAAAUUGAAUAAUAAAUAUUAAAGGAAAGAAUAUAAGACUCAAAUUAAAUCAUAUUGUUUAGUAUGUUAAGCACAUGUUUAAGAUAAAACGAAACAUUGUUGGAAUUGUAAUAAGUAUUAAAUAAUGUUAUAUAGAUGUGUAUCGAAAUUUGAUCAUCAUUGUAUUUGGUUAAAUAAUUGUGUUGGAGAUUAGAAUUAUUCUUAUUUCUUUAUAUUAGUAAUCUCUUUAGUUGCACUUAAAAUAUUUAAAUUAAGUUAGGAUCUCUAAUUGCUUUAUAUGCAAACUAAUUUUCAGAUUCUAAUUUAUAUUUGUAUUGCUGUAGAUCCUCCUGUAUUUAUUGUUUUGGCAUAUUUAUUAUCUAUGCAUUUAUACUUUAAGUAAAUAAUAAUAUAUUUAUUAGAUAUAAAAAUAUAUCAACUUAUGAUUACAUUAAAUCUAAAAAGGAUUCCAAAGAUUUAAAAGUUAAAACUUAAUAAAACAUAUAAUAAAAAUAGAUUCAAAAUGAAAGUUCUACUGGUUAUGGUUAAUUAUUAUCAACAUCAAAACGUUUUGAUUUAAAAUCACAAUUAUCAUUAAAAACUGGAGAUUCAAAAAAACAAAAUACAAAUUUUUUUUCAAAUAAAUAAGAUGAAGAUAAGAAAGGAAAUUAAUAAACAUAAUAAUAAAUAACAUAAAUUCCAAGUUUAUUUACUUCUAAACCUACUACUCCUGGAAAUGAAUAAGAUAAAAAACAUUAAGUUUAAUAAUUCUCAAAACCAAAAGAUCUAGAUGAUUUAAAAGAUAAAUAGAUAUAUAAUCAAGUUAUAGUUGAAGAUUCAGAACCAUAAUUAAAUGAGAGUUCUGAUGAUGAUGAUAAUUGUGAUUAACAUUAUGAAAAACAUCAUCAUUGUCCUAAUAAUAGUCACACUUCUGAUUUACAUUAUAAUGAUGAAUAAAUAAAUCCAAAAAUAGAUUAAAUUAAUCAAAAUGAUUUGAUAAUUAAAUAAGAAAUUGAAAUCAAUCCAGAUAAAUAAUCAGAUGACUAAGAAGGUCUAUCAAACUAGUAAUCUCUUCAUGCUUAAGAACCUCCUCCACCUUCUAAAUGUUAAACAUUUCACUUAACAUCAUAAGGAGAUCCAAAAAUUAUUAUCUCACUUAAUAAUCAAAACUAAAUAUCUAAUAAUUUUACUUCAUGA